AUGGAUUGGGUGCUGGCUGUUUUCAUUUAUCGAACUUUAUCGAUUGCUUCCAUGAGCGAUCAGUUACUUUUUGACAUUUACCCAAGACUAGAUAAAAGCAAAAUUGGCAUUAUUUUAACCAACUACAAAAUGGAUGGCACUAUCAAAGGCAGAUGCUGGAUUAGAAUCGAUCCAUAUCAUCGAACAGCCAUGCUAGAUGAGCAUGGAGUAUGUAGAAAAAUUUGUAAGAAAUCAAGUAAAGAACUGAAAAUACUUGAAUCUAUAUUCUGUAAAAAGAAAGCAGUGACACAGAUUAAAUACGAUUUCUCGACUAGAAAUUGUUCGCAAACAUUCAGACAACAUCAGCUGUGCCUUAUUGAAAACAUUAGCUACGAUAAUUCAUCAGACGCUUUUUCCGUGCGACUUAAACUUUAUCGAUGUCGAAAAAUGCAAACUAUGUAA